GCGCUUUAAGGCGCGUGACGUCGGCGAGCGAAACAGGGAAGUGCGCGCUCACGUGGUUCCUCCUUUGCCUGCGGCGUUGGAGCGGAGCGACGAUGAUGAUGGACGGAAGAUGAAGGAAAUGAAGAUGAUCAGCGGCUUUUUCAGCAGGUUCAGUCGGACUGUUCGGCCUCUUUACUGCCCGCGUGUGGAAACAAGCUGCUGUCCGGCUCCGUCCGCGCCGAUUAACCCUGUAAUACAGCGCAGGGUCACUAAUCACCAUCAUCUUCCUCAUCAUCACCAUCACCACCUCUCAGGAAAACUGGUCCGAAACGGCGAGGAGAGGAAGUCGGUGAUUUGCAUUGAAGGGAACAUCGCAAGCGGCAAGACGACAUGUCUGGAGUACUUCAGCAAAACCAGCAACAUUGAGGUGCUGACCGAGCCGGUUUCAAAGUGGAGGAACGUACAGGGACACAAUCCACUGGCUUUGAUGUAUCAGGACCCGGCGAGAUGGGGACUCACGCUGCAGACAUACGUACAGCUGACCAUGCUGGACAGACACCUGUCAACAGUAGCGGCGCCUGUGCGGAUGAUGGAACGAUCCCUUUAUAGUGCGAAGUACAUAUUUGUGGAAAAUCUUUAUCGAAGUGGGAAAAUGCCUGAGGUGGACUUUGCCGUCUUGUCCGAGUGGUUUGAGUGGAUCAUCAAAAACAUCGCCAUUCCAGUGGAUCUUAUUGUUUACCUGCAGACGUCUCCACAGACGUGUUACGAGCGGCUGAAGCGGCGCUGCAGAGAGGAGGAGAGAGUUAUUCCUAUAGAAUAUUUGGAGUCUAUUCAUAAUCUGUACGAGGACUGGCUGAUAAAGCAGACAUCGUUUAAAGUUCCUGCUCCAGUGCUUGUGAUCCCGGCUGAUCACGACCUCCAGAAGAUGCUUCAGCAGUACGAGGAAAACAGAGAGAAGAUUUUGACCACAGGGCGAGCGUGAACUCCAUGAAGAGGAUCAACGUCUGAUAUUUACUGAAAAGCUGUUUUAAUUUAUGUCCAUGUUCUUUCUGUCCCUGGGUUUUCUGCUCUAACCGGCCUAUUUUAUACUAAUAAACGGUUGGUUGACUGAUCUGCUCCUCCAAAAA